UUUAUGCUGCUCUUCCCGUUGAGCCACGACGUCUUCGUAGUGCGAGGAUAGCAAGCGCCCAACCGCAAUAAAGGAAUUCACCGACGACGACUAAAACUCAUUCCGGUACCACCAUGGUCUCCUGCAGCCUACCUUCAACGUUCUCUCCCUUUCUACGAUUUCUCACCUCCAUCUCUCUAUCUAUCACCACCAUCUGCUUGGCGUUCUCCAUGCUCAAUGAAUACGGUGCCCAGUCCGACUACACGACCUUUGUUGCCGUUGCCGCGACAUACGCCUACCAUGCUACCAUUGUCAUCAUCGAAGUCAGGAAUUCACGCAAAUCUACCUUCCCCACCUACUCGCGCAUGGCAGCUAUUAUCAUUGGCUUUGUGCUUGCCACACUCUGGGUUGUCCCUCUGGGAUUGACGGCCAUGCAUACCAUCGCGGAAGAACUGACAGGGACGGUGGACUCAUCUAUGGAGUUUUGGAAAGGCGUGGCGGAGGCGGUGGCCUGUUUUUGCGAAAUGGUCGCAUUGUUUGCUGUCGCUGGUCGGGCGACGCGGGAGAGACUGGAUAUAUCCACCCAAAAGAAAUGGGAGUAUGUUGAUAUCGAGACUAGGGCAGAUAGGCUCUCCUUCUCUUACAAUUAGAAGUUUUGGCU